UUGGUCUUGUCUUCUCAACCCUUUCGGAGAAUUGUUCCCAAAUGUCCUGGGAGACACUGAAUCCCCAAAUCACUCCACUGGAAGGACACAGUCCCCCGCCCUUGGAGGACUGCGAUGACUAUCAAGUGAGAGGGGACUUGUUUGUAUUUGUGGACCAUCGACAACACGGACGGGUUUGCUCAGUGCAGGAAGCUUUCGGGGAAGAAAGACUGUCAUUGGAGCACGUCCACUCUCUUGUGAAGACAUUCUUCGACAACAGCCUGUCGCCCCCCGUCUACCACGCACAUUGGAAGUGCCUCUGCUCACUCCCACUGCCUGCCUGUCAGAAUGACUUUGUGCUGAGGGAUGUGUGUUCCCCCCACCUCCUCAUCACACAAUGCCUCACUCUCGCAUUGACCAGACCAUUGUGGGACUAUCCUCUGUCCAGGUCAAUCACGCUGAAGGAAGCACUCCUCACGUUUCUGAUAAACAUGACCUGGUUUUCCUUCCGCUGUGGGAUAAAGGAAACAUUCGAGUCAUUCUAUAAAGUAUACACCUGUCCCCGUGGGUGGUGGAACAAACGAACUCUCCGAUUGUUCUUUGAUUUGGUUACUCCCACGUUCUUCCCACCCUCCCCCCUCUGUCCCCACACAACAUACUGUCUGAGGAAUCAACAAAUGGGCACGUUGACUGCAUUCGCCCAGGGACUCACCAACAAGUCUCCUCAACAAGUCAUUCAUGAACUCAGUCUGUCCCUCCCAACAAGACCUGCCUUUGCUAAGGGCAGUGUCGGGGAAAUUACUAAAUUUAAUAUAUUCGGGCAGGACUUUGUACUCUCAGAGUCCCUCAUUUCGCGGAAUGUGGUCUCCUUUAUGGUGAGACAGGAAUGUGAAUUGUUGUAUGACUUCAAUUCGGGGGUGGCAUACUUUCUGGGCAGCCAACUGAUCGUGCAGUAUUUGACUGAGUUGUUAGUCAAGUUGGCCGACGAGUGGGGCAUCCAAUCAUGGGACUGCAAAGUAAUCAUUUGAGUGAUUGGACAAAGAGGGAGACCGAGUCACUCAUUCGAGACAUGGACAUGUACCGGCGGGCAGUCAUUACAUAUAGUCCUCACCCCCCUCCUUCCAAUUUAAUUCACACUCUCCAAAAGGUCGGCCAACUCAUUCAAAUUAGACAUUGGACUACUUCCACGCUGGGAAGGAAGCCUUGGACUACACAGACUGGUCGUGCGAGGUGUUCAGAGGACUGGUUGAGGAUUGUGAGGCACUCCUGUCGUCCAUCGAGAAAGAGGCGGGCAACGUGUCUUCAGUCAAGGAUUUGGAGAAUAAAAUGAAAAAUGGAAAGCGAGAGUUCAUUUUGAAAGUGGAGCAAGUUCAAAAUAAAUAUCGGGACACAAUCACGUCCAGUUGGCCCAACAACAAAAUCGCGGAAAACUGCAUGAGUCACAUUUAUCUUCCCUCAACGACCAGUUCAGCCAAGUCGAUUCUCCACCGCUUCGAAGAAUUGGCGGAUUGUUUAGAACAAAUUACCCGCCGGGCAGACACACUAUGUCGAGAAAAGGAAGGCGAGUUGGAACGGAUAAAAAACAAGUUCAUUCUCUUCCGGACUGAUCUGUCUGCUCUGUCUUCGAGGAUUGACAGCCAAUCAGACGACGUGGUCACAGAAAUCGCAGAAAUAGGCAAACAAGUGAGGGAGGAGUGGCAAGUGGCAGAAAGACUAAAAAAUGAGAUCGAGGACAUG